CUUUGGCUUUUCUCCUCUUCUUCUGUGAGGACCUUAGAUCCUUUUCAUCAUUUCUCUACCCUCCAAGCACACCAGGGUGCGUGUACCUCUCUUGAAACAUUCUGGUCUUCCGAUUCAGGUUAUCGGAAAGUUCUCCGACGACGUUUGAAAGUCUUUCUGUACAUUGACCUGUUUUAUUCUCCCGCUUCCUUUACUUUCUUGUCACAACUAAUCAAAGGAAUUCGGAAGCAAUGUCUAGGAUCGGUAUGCAUUAAUCGGACUUGCCGCCAUGAACAUAUCUCGCUCCUAUUCUGCGGCUCGUACGCCCGUUCUGAAGAAUGCUGCCGGACCGAUUGACAUCAUACUAGAUGAGCCUACUGAUACCUGCGCAAUGGCCGAAGAGAAAGCCGAGGAGAUCAUCGAAGCUGAGAACGAGAGGCUCGAUCAACUGAUGAUAGAGUUUACCAGAGGCUUUGAUCCCGGAAUCUUCGCUGACGAGAUAGCUUACUCGCUCCCCAAAGUUCUUCAAGAUGUCUUCCCCGGUUCCUACGAGCAUCUUCUGAGCAUGUUAUAUGAGAGCGAUGCCAAUAUGCAUGCUACCCAGGUCAAACUCGAGACAUGGCUCCUGAAUCGUUACCCACAAAUUCUCAAUAAGAUCACCGAACGGGGCGAGACUAAUAUCACUGACGAGACAUACUUUGGGGCCGAGAUCGAGAUUUUGAGAAAGCUAUUGGCGUAUCUGCGUAAGGAGACGGACAAACCUGUCUUUUGGCUCAACUCUCGACGUGCGAGUCCUACCAAAGCUCGCCAGCAACUUGAAGCGUCCAUCAGAGUGAUUGAGUUGUUCAAGAACGAUGUCAUGGCUGCGAUGAGGUCGGACACUGAAGACAGGAAGAUCUACAACCCUCUCCCCGUGUCGAUGGAACGCACUGCCCUGCUAAGCAUCAAGCAACUUCGAAUUGACGCAUGCAAGGCUUCGCUUUCCUGGGAUGGCUACAUGGAUUCUGCUAUUGUUCUCACCUCGUUUUUCCACGCAUACAAGGCAUACACUUGCAAGCACAAGCCAGACAAAGCACGUGCAUGGGGCUGGCUCCCCCCAAGAGGGCUAACACCACCACCUCUGUCUGCUGAGAAAGCCAGGGUGGGCGAUCUUACUGAAUGGUCUUUCAAGAUCAAUAAAAAUGGCGUCUUUGAUCUGCUACUCAAGACUGCUCUUUGGCUCGGCUUGGCAAGGGGUCUACCAGCCGUACAUCUCUUUUGUGACGUCGCCAGGCUGUUUACUACCCAUAUGCCCUCCAAAAAGGCUAAUGAGACGUACGUCCGAUUCUUGCGACAUUUGACCCAGACCAGGGUGUCUAUUGGAGGGAUCAAGUCUGCGCCGCCAACACCCAUCCCUUACAAGAAUAAGUCCGAGGCAAAGUCGAAUGAUGAUUACUUCGAAGACGUGUGGAGAUCGGAUAAGGAUUUGGCGAAGGACCUAGCAAAGAACCUGUCUCUGUUCGACAUGAACACGACCAAGGAUUUCAAGCUGGCUACGGCUCCUCCUCGACGCUCGUUCCGCAAGAAGGCGCAGAUGAUCGAGCAAGCUUGCGUUGUCGAAGAGACCUUCACUGAUGUUUGGCCCCAGAAGGAUCCGCUUCCUCCGAAGGCACCCUCUUCAUCUGCGGCUCAACGUAAGCCGGCCCCUCGUCCUCAGAACACGCAGCCCGACCUUCUUGAGCAGAACGAAUAUGUCUCCGUCCUCAAUUGGUGAGCGCGCAUGUUGCAGCUCUAGGAUCUAUCCAGCAGACUCAGACUGUGUUUCUCUCGCCGUUGAAUGCAGUAUUCUGUCGAUCUCAACAGUAUGUUUCAUGAGCGCCGUCGUCGAACAGCAAACACCAAAUCUCAACUCCCACAAAACACAGGUGAAAAUACUACAAGGAACACAACCUACAUGAACUAAGAAAC